CCCUGAAGACCUGGAGAAGCCAUUUGCCACUGCUUGUCCCGGAAGGCCAGUUCCUGUGCCUGGUCUGCGAGGCUGACAGCAACCCCCCUGCCACACUGAGCUGGUUCCAGGACGGAAAAGCCCUGAGCCCCUCCCAGCCCUCCGCACCAGGGGUCCUGGAGCUGCCUCACGUAGGAGCUGCAGACGGAGGAGAGUUCACCUGCUGGGCUCAGCACCCGCUGGGCUCCCAAAACACUUCCCUCAGCCUCUCUGUGCAGAGAAGCCCCACUCCCUGCAGAUGCGUGCCUGAGGAGCAGCAGGGCUCCUGGCCCGUGGUCCUCACCGUGAUCAGAGGGUCCCUCAUGGGGGCUGGCUUCCUCCUCACCUAUGGCCUCACCUGGAUCUACUACACCAGGUGUGGAGAUGCCCAGAGAACAGGGCCGAGAUCCUGACUGAGUCUCCCUCCUUCUCGAGGAUUUGUUUAAUCAACACCACCAAAAUUAGAAUACAGAAUAAUUCCAUUGUGCCAAAUAUUCCCUUGUUCUCUACCUUGGUUACACGUUCCAACGAGCACUAACCCCCGGCAACCAUCCAUAUGUCCUGCGUAACCAAGAGUUCCAGCUCUUUGAGAAUGUCAUAUAAAUGGAGUCACGCGCUGAGUAACUUUUUGAGACCGACUUCUUUCACUCAGCACAGCCUUUGAGAUUGACAAUAGUUCAUUUCUUUGUAUCGCCAAGUAGUGUU